GGAAUGUCGCAAGGUUGGGGUAGAAAACUCUGAGUUUACGACUGUAGCUCUCGCUUUCCGGCCAAUACUGAGGUGCCUGAAGGCUGGUUGGGGUGGUGAGGCCCGAGGCAGAGGACAGAAGAGACCAGUGAGUUGAAAGAACAGACAUAUUUUAGCUACUGGAAUUUCUGAUCAGCCCUGGUCAGGACAAGAUGGACCCUGUAGUUUUGAGUUACAUGGACAGUCUACUGCGGCAAUCAGAUGUCUCGCUGUUGGAUCCUCCAAGCUGGCUCAAUGACCAUAUUAUUGGAUUUGCCUUUGAGUACUUUGCCAACAGUCAGUUUCAUGACUGCUCUGACCAUGUCUGCUUCAUCAGUCCCGAAGUUACCCAGUUCAUCAAGUGCACUAGCAACCAAGCAGAGAUUGCCAUGUUCCUUGAACCCCUAGACCUCCCCAACAAGAGAGUUGUAUUUUUAGCCAUCAAUGAUAAUUCCAAUGAGGCAGCUGGGGGAACCCAUUGGAGUUUGUUGGUUUAUGUCCAAGAUAAAAAUAGCUUUCUUCAUUAUGAUUCCCAUAGCAGAAGCAACUCAGUCCAUGCAAAGCAGGUAGCAGAGAAACUGGAGGCUUUCUUAGGCAGAAAAGGAGACAAACUAGCCUUUGUGGAAGAGAGAGCCCCUGCUCAACAAAACAGCUAUGACUGUGGGAUGUAUGUGAUAUGUAACACUGAGGCCUUGUGUCAGAACUUCUUUAGGCAACAGCCAGAAUCACUACUGCAGCUACUCACUCCUACAUACAUCACAAAGAAAAGGGGGGAAUGGAAAGAUCUCAUUGCCAGACUUGCCAAAAAUUAGCUAUCAAAGAAUAUUUGCGGCUGUUGAAGUCUCCUCUUUCUGCCCAUCCCCAUCUAUUGGAUGGCUGUAAUCUCAGUGCCUGAAGGAAGAUGCCUGGUAUCUUAUUUUUCCCUGGAAGAAUGUCAUCUUCUGCAUUAUCCACAUGGAAAGUUUCACUUUAACCCUAACUUGAGAGCAAUAUGCUCUGUGAAAAUGUCUUGAAGUUAUGCAUCAAAACCUUAAAAUCACGCUGUCUGAACAUUUAUUAUUUCCCUUUUUGUCUCCCUUAUUCCUAUUGGCUUAUUCAAAGGAAAAGCAGUGAUCUUUAAAGAAACCAAGUGUAUGUCAUAUCCAGAAGAAUGCAAGAAGAACAUUAUAGAAGAAUCAAAAACUUAUUGCACAGCCCUGCAUAUUUAAAGAGAUCAACUGGCUAGAAGCAGGUCAAGAUCUAACCUAAUUCAAGAUCUAAAUAUUCUAAGGAUCAGUUAUUCAGUUCUGUGAUACCUCUUCCAUUCUCCAUGCAGAGGCUUUCCCAGCUAUCUUUGUAACCUUUGCAGAUAUUUGAUAAAGAUGAUGUUAGCCCAUCUUCCCCCACUCUAUUCCUGGAAUGUUUUAAGAAAGGGGGAAUCUUUAACUUCAUUAAAAUAAAUGGCUGUUGGACCUUUUAGUUUGCUCAGUGAAUGGGUUGACUUGCUACUCUGCAUUGAUAACAGCUUUUCUUCACCUUGUCUGUUAGCCAUGCAACACUCCUUCCUUUUAUAUCCAAAGUUCUGUGGUUUUAAAACUCAUAGCCAAUAACUUCCCAAGGUUGCCUGUUAUUUCUAAUAAAUAUUGCUGCUUUCUAAUAGUCAUAGUUUUUCCUUUCCUCUUUAUCCAUAAUCUGGCAGAAUUGUUUUCAACCAUGGUGAUUUCAGGACUAUUACCAUAUCUGAAACUUGCAAACUGAAAGUUGGCUUGUUUUUUUUUUUUUUUUUUUUACAGUUAUAAGGCAGAUAAAGUGAGCUUUCUCAACCCUUUCACUUAAUUCAAAAUGCAGACGAUGUAAUUUUUAAAAUAUGGAACCAAGAAUAAAAAGAAAUGCUAUCCCUCCUAAA